CAGGGAUCAUCCAGACAGCAAUACAAUCAAUAUAGGGACUUUUCCGAUUUUACCACCAUCGCUCGCGCAUGCGCUCCGCAUGCGCCAUGCGUUUUUUAGGCGCUCAUCGGGCCAUCGCCCAUCAAUUUUAGUGUUUCACCCGCCGCCCGACACGGUCACACCGCUCGAGAAGUAGAGAAAAAAAGAAGGCGACGAAUCAAAGGCAGCAAGCAGCAAGCAAAAUCGACGCCGCACGUACCGGGAGCAUUUAAAUAAUUUUUUCUGUGGAUUAAUUUAACCGAAAAGGCUUCAACACAAUGACUGAGCGCGAGAAUAACGUGUACAAGGCAAAGCUGGCCGAACAGGCCGAGCGCUACGACGAAAUGGUGGAGGCCAUGAAGAAGGUCGCCUCCAUGGACGUAGAGCUGACCGUCGAGGAGCGAAAUCUGCUGUCGGUGGCGUACAAGAAUGUGAUCGGAGCACGCCGAGCUUCGUGGCGCAUCAUCACCUCGAUCGAACAGAAGGAGGAGAACAAGGGGGCUGAGGAGAAACUGGAGAUGAUCAAAACCUACCGCGGACAGGUGGAGAAGGAGCUGCGCGACAUCUGCUCGGAUAUUCUGAACGUGCUCGAGAAGCAUCUCAUUCCAUGCGCCACAUCCGGCGAAAGCAAAGUAUUCUACUAUAAGAUGAAGGGCGACUACCAUCGCUACCUGGCCGAGUUCGCCACCGGCUCGGACCGCAAGGAUGCGGCGGAGAACUCGCUGAUUGCCUACAAGGCGGCCAGCGACAUUGCCAUGAACGAUCUGCCCCCAACACACCCCAUCCGCUUGGGCUUGGCAUUGAACUUCUCGGUGUUCUACUAUGAGAUUCUCAACUCGCCGGACCGCGCUUGCCGCUUGGCGAAAGCCGCUUUCGAUGAUGCCAUUGCCGAGUUGGAUACGCUGAGUGAAGAGAGCUACAAAGACUCGACACUCAUCAUGCAGCUGCUGCGCGACAACCUCACAUUAUGGACGUCCGAUAUGCAGGCAGAAGUAGACCCCAACGCAGGUGAUGGCGAGCCCAAAGAGCAAAUCCAGGAUGUUGAGGAUCAGGACGUGUCGUAAUUUAAGUAAACCCCCGCCCUUCCAUUUAAAACACAUUAUAUACCUUCUAAAGUAAAUAUAAUACCAUAUAAUAUAUAUGCAUACAACAACAAAAACACGACAGCAACAUCAAGAACAACAACAUGGAACCAACACGGCAGGAACAACAUCCCAAUGCCGCCGACGAACGAUAACCAUAGCAGCCGAUCACAAAAGUAACAACAGCAACAGCAGCAGCAACAUAAAAACAGCAAGCAAACCAGCAGCAACAAUUUGUCAUCAACAAUAAACAGCAUGGAAAGCAACAGCACAAAAACAGAAAAAACAAACCAAACUAAAUGUUUGAAAAUUGGGCGGCCUGGUGGGCGUGGCGCGGCUGUUGCUGCGGCACAGAAUCGCAACGAAAAGAACUCGCGGUACUAUUAAGUUGUGGUCGCUUCGCGAUUUGGCUCCUCCACGUUAGAAAACUGCAACAUCAACUCUACUACAUUUGAAUUUUUUGCAUUCGAAAACCAAGCAUUAUAUUAUAUUUAAAUAAAUAUUAUAUUUAAUUAUGAGAAGCAAAAACGAAACAAAACAAAUAAACUUCAUUUAAACCACAAGACAACACAAGCAGGAAAAGAACGAAAAUCGAGAAACAAUCACUCACACGAGUAAAUCACAAAGCAAAUUUCAUCGAGUUGGCAUGCAUUAAUUUUUAAAACAAACUUUAAAUACGACAGCAACACGUAAAAUACAACUUUAAUUUUAAGCCAAUAAUAAACGUGAGAACGAGGAAAUAAAAACGAAAAACGAUUUAAUAAGCGCAAACGUAAAAGUAAAACAUAAAGUCGAAAAUGUAAGGAAAAAAUACAGCAAUUAAUUUAAAUUUAAUACAUGAAUAAAACUUAAAUGGAGUAAACGAAACGAAAUGAGCAAACAGAAUGAAAGACGCAAAAGCUAAAAACUAUAUUAAAUGAGAAAAAGGAAUGUUAGUUAAGCGAAAUUCAAAACGAAUUCUUAAGCUUAAAUUUGUAUGUAUGUAAGUGUACUGUUCAAAAACACCGACACACCCGCACAGACACACAAACACACACAGACACCCAUAUUACGCAUACGAGCCGUUUGUUUUCCCUUAACGUUUCCUUGCUCUCACACUCCCAUUCACACUCACACGCAUGGUCAAAUCAAAAGAAACCAAAUAAUCGAACGGGAAUUUGGUUGAUUUCUGUUUUUCGUUUUGAGUUCUCCAUCGCAAUCGCAACCAAUUUUCUUCAUCUCUUACCUUGCGCAACAAAGAAAACAUAUUAAUAAUAUAGAAAAGUAUUUGUAGUUGCUAAAUACAAGAAACAAAAAAGAAUACAAAACAAAAACAACGGUACAUAUAUAUAUAUAUAUUGUAUACAUAUAUACUUGUAUAUUUUCUAUGCCUACCACUUAUGUAAUUUGUAGAGAUUUCGAACUUUUCCACCCUCCGCCCCCCAACUAACCCCGCCUCCGAGAUUCCGAUUCCGCUCCCCCCCCCAUGUCCAAAACCCCCAGACAGAAACCUGGACGGAAACCCACACCACAACCGCCACAGACGAGUAUCAUUUGAUUUAGCCUGAAGUCCAGUAAACCAAGAGAUCCCCCACAAGAACAACAUCAUCGGCAGCCUUAUCUGUAGCGUGUUUGCGUGAUUAGCGAAGGAAUGACAUGAGCUGAUGAGCUGAGCAGCUACAGGAGAAUUUUCGCACGAGCUUAUUCGCAGCUCUUUCCCGUGGUUUUUUGGUUUUGGAUUUUGUUUUUUAAUACAUGAGGCGCGCAAAAAGUAAAGGAAAGAAGGCAGACUAAUAUUUUGCAGUCGCCAAAUAGAAAAGGCCCGUGCAGAAAGUUAAUUAAGCAUAAAUCAGCCGAGGCAGCAACAACAGCCACAUUCUUGAACGGAACAACAACAGCAAUACAAGAAACCAGCAGCUAAAACUGACAUUCGUAUUCAUUUCAAAUAAAAUUCAUAAAAAAACAACAA